AUGGUAUUACAUUUUAAUGGGAGAUACAGAAAAGUUAAGGAGUGUGACUUCCUGGAACAAGCAGAAGACGAGUUAGCGAAGUUCCACCAAAACAGCUGUAAACCCAACAGUGUUCUUGUCUUUCCUCCUCUAAAAGCACAUUAUCGCUUUCUCAUUCAUCAGCUUGUUGGAGAAGAUUCCAGGCUUCAUUCAGUGUCCAUAGGUGAAGGACAACAAAGAAGGACUGUGGUUUAUUUUGCCUGUGCCAGGUAUAUGUUGUAGGUAAUUUUUUUUAGGUAAAUUUAAUUUUUACUAGGUACAAUUUUUUAACCUAGGUAAUUUUGCACCACAACAUUUUUUUCCAUUUGCUAUGGGGCAAAUUCGUGACUCUUUUUUAACUGAUAUCAAUGAUAGAGAUAUUGGGUUUUGCCAAGAUAAGGAUAUAACAAUCUGAGAGUUCAAGAUUUCACUCCAAUUAGCCUGACACUGUCAGUCAGUCAAUGUCAUUUAGGGGAUUAGGUCAAGGGUUGGGGCUGAGGGUUAGGGUUAAGGGUUAGGUUUGGGGUUAAAGGUGAGGGUUAGGAUUAACUGAUAGGGUUCAGGCUAAGGGUCAGGAUUAGGGUUAGGGUUAGGGUUCAGAUGUACUAGCAGAUUGAAGUGGAGAAAAAAAGGGGGAUAGAUUUUGAAAAUAAUGGAUGGUUUGCUGGUACUAUUAAAAUGCAACAAAGAUAUGCAGUGGGGAUAAAUUACCAUGGCCAGUGUUUGAAAAACCACUCUAGUAGGGUAAAAAUGAGGGAAAGAGAUUGUCAACAACAUGUAGCAUAAAGAAGUGGUCUAAACCUCUCACACAAACAUUCUUUUGGCUUAUCACACAAGCUUCUUUUGAAGGAAAGCGUUAUGAAGCCCUUAGCCUGGAUGGGCAAGGAAGCUCAUGACACUACUUAAGGAUUCUGAAAAUGAAACUCUGAAUUUGAUAAGAAUAGUACUUUAGUAAAAGCCAGAAUUCAACUUACAGUGGAGCUCUGCUACUAAUCUCACUACUGAUUAAUUUUCAUAUAAAUUUCUAUUUCAAAAUAUCUAUUCCAGAUCAGUAACUGAGAUGGCACAAUCUCCUUCAACUUCACAAAGGACAUUUUUUGGAAGAGGAAGAGGGAGGUAAUUACAUUCCAUGCCAUUACCUGACUAGGUUAAUACCCAUCAAUAGAGUCCCUAUGAGCAAAUAAACUACUUGUUGUUUAGGUAGCAUUUGACAGUUUCUUGGUCGCCUUUUAAAGUGAAAUUUUAUGGGAGAAUUCAAAUUACCAGUACUGGAAGACAGUUUUUUAAAAUUCUGAAUAAAUUCAUAUGGGCCAAAGUUAUUAUCUGAUAUGUGAAAUCUGCAAAACAUGUAUCACAUUACAUUAUUUUUCUGUCAAUUUAGAAACUGGAUGGAUUCAUUUGCAACACAGGUGUGUAGCCACCGUGUUUGCCCAUUAGCACUUGUCACUGCAUUUAAGUUUAAAAACAAAACAAUUCACUAAGCAAGUGAGACAACUAUAUAUACUGUAAAGGAAUCCACAAAUUCCAGCUUGUCCUUUGGGCAAGCAACUCUCACAAUUUGCUUACCUAGGGCCACUUCUUACUCAUCUUAGUUAAUGAUUUUGUUAGUGAAUAGCUUCCCAUGUAGAUGUACUUAGGCAUUCGUCAUUGCAUGAUGAAUGUCUGAAUAGGAGGCUAGUUAGUGAAUGACCUACCUGGACCCUUGCUCAUAGCAAGUAAACUUUAAAGAAGUUACUUGCCUGGCAAGAAAAUCUACUUGUCCCAAACUCCUGGAUGGGAUUUGUUUGAGUCCUGCUUCAAGUAAACAUAGUUUAAGGUACUGCAGAAGUCAUAAGUGUUGUAUGUGACUAAUUCUUGCUAAUCACCUUUCUCCCAGUCCCUUGCACCCCAUUAUUCACUGUUUUUCCACCAAGGUACCUGGUUUAGGCUAGAUCACUGUCAGCUACUUAACUUACGUCUUUUGUGACAUUCAAAUCUGUAAUUAUUAUUUUUGCCAUGAAAUCCUGCUAUGAGCUAAGAUCCCAUUUGCAGCCAUUUCUUGUAGAUGGCAGCCCCUGGGGAAUACAUUGACUACUUCUUUUUGAAUGUUCUUUGCUAUAAAUAGGAAAACAAGACGACCUGACCAGCAGCUGUAUGCUCCAGGAGCAUUAAGACAGGCAAGAUGGGAACAGCAAGAGCAAAAGUUAAGUAAGGAAGGAGCAGUUAAAAGAGAGGAAAAUGAGAUUAUUUCUACAGACAAUGCUGCUGGUGCAGACGCAUUAUCCAGAUCCACAGUAGAAGAAUUCAGUGAUAAAUGUUUUGGACAGGAGUGUGACAGUCAAGUAGAUGAAUCUAAAAAUGUGGUUGAUGGUACAAAGGGAUCUGGUAAUAUACAAGAUCAACAGAGAAAUAUUAACUGCACCUCAAUUCAAGGAAUAUCAAGUGGGAGUUUAGGAAGAGAUGAUAUAAAUCAAAUUGAUGGAAAGGAGUUGAAAAAUGAGGGGUAACUACAAUUGCAAGGGAUUCUACAAUGGCCACUUCUGAGAGUGCUCCUUGUUUAACUUACAUCACAGCAAAUAAUGGAAGUGGUUCUUUUGACAGUCAGUUUUUAAACACAGAAUCUAAUGGUGACAAAUUUGAUGAAAUCAAUUACAAAGGGGUCAUCGAUGGCACUGGAAGCUUACAGAUUUCUUCAACAUGUGCUGAUAGAGAUAACGGGGCUGCCGAAAAUUCGUCAGCAGAUGCUAGUGAGGACUUUAAGAUGUUAAAGAACAAAACUUGCAAUGGCACUGAUCGUAUGACACUGCAUAACCAAUGUGAAAGAGCAUCCAAUGAAAAUCUUGUAAAUGAAUUGAACCAAAGACAGGAUGACCCCUUGCUUGAAGCAAGCAAAGGUUUGCUUGUGAAGGAAAAGACAAACCAUCGUAAUGGAAUUAAAUCCAAGGUGCCAGAGGAUGGAGAAGUGAAAUCUGAUCGUUUAUCUGAGGUUGUUGCUGGUGUUGAUGCAAAUCAUGAUGGUAUAGCAAAGGUUGGGAAUGAUGAAAUUCGCACUGUCAUGAAAUCAGUCUCCUACAGUGACGUACCAAUGACAUAUGGCAGUUAUGCUGUUGAUUGCAUCAUGGAAAAAAUCCAAAACAAAAUCAUUGGUCCUGAAAGUGUGCAGCAAUCUGCAUUAUCAAGCUCUGCGACUCAAGAAUACACAGAGUCUAAUUUUGGUACCAAUGUACUAACACUGUGUGAACAAAUGCCAGCUGCUGCUCUAACAGACAGUCUGCAAGAAACAUCUGGUGGUAGAACAGUAAGUAAAGAUUAUUAUCCAAGAGAUCAACAUAUAACUGUUAAUAGGCAUCCACAGGAUGUGUCAGAAAAUGCUAACAGGAAAUUUGAUAAGACUGCCUUGACUGCCUUAGCAUUAUCAGAUUUAACUGGAAGUUACUCAUUAAGAACACGUACAGAGGAAGUGACAGACAAAGUAGAGGUUGGGACAUCUCAAGUAGAUUAUAACUCUGAAGGCAAAGAUACAGUUAAUUCUGCAAAUGACAGAGAUACUUCUUCAGAAAAUACUAACACAAAUUGCUUGGUUGAGAUAAAUAGAGAAGUAGAGACAGUAAGCUGUGAUUUUGGUGGGAGAAAUUUGGACAAGACGAGUGAUGGUUUAGAAGGUAACUCGGAAGUAAUGAGAGAAAACAUUGAAGCGAGUUCAGGCAAAGUAGAAGACGGUUCAGACCCAAUCUCUGUGAUUUAUGUGAGCAAAACUAACAAUGAACAAAAACCUGAGACAUCCAAGAAAAAGAAAUCAAAGAAAGAUAAAAGUAUAAAAGAAAAAACAGAUGAGAAAACAAAAAGCAAGGAAAAGGGUGAGAAAAAGAAAAAGAAAGAGAAGAAAGGUGAAAAAACUGAGAAAAGUGACAAAAAUAUAGAAGAGAGUGUUAAUAAGGGAAAGAAGUUGAAGGCAAAAGUUUUGUCUGAUAAGCAUGAUGAGAGAGAUUUGAACACAUGUGACACAGACGUGAGGGAAGAAUUAAGCACAAGCACCAAAGCUGGUGAAAAAAAAUCUCAAAGUAAUUCAAAUGACGAUGGUGGUGAUGACAGCGAUAACUGGGAGUCAUUUUAUGAUGAGAGUGGAGAUUGUCUCAAUCCAGAACAACUGGAAGAGGUCUGUUAAUACUUAAAUUUAUAUUUAAGGGAGAAAGGUCUUUGUUUUUAUCUUGAAGUUCCUUAAUUCAUACUUUAUAAUUUCAGGAUAAUUUUUGAUACUAAGCCAAGAUUUUGUCACAUUCCUAAAACUGCUGGGCAGUUUUGCCUACUGGUAGCCUGUGUACAGCCACCCCCUCCCUUCAGGGACAUCUGUGAUUCACCGUUGCUAAUCGUGUACAGGAAUAAUUUUGGCUCAUGCCUCAUGUCAUUCCAGUUUUCAAAAUGGUGAUUAUUUCCAUUGACUAAUUGAGAGAGUUUGUGACGUUUUUAAAAUCACUUCACUCUAUACUGAGCAAGAAAAAUGUUCACAAGCCCUUUUUGAACAAAAAGAUGUAUGCAAGCCUUCCCACUGGUAGCCUGCAACCAGGACGUAUUUCCAGUCGUGUUGACAGGCUAGACACAACUCACAAGCUCGCCAUAGCGUGAAAUGUGACCUUUAUAUUUAAGAGUUUGCUUGAACAACGGAGGGAUUCCUUCUUUUCUUUCUAGCAUGUCCACUAGACAAUGCUGAGGGGAGGGAGCAGCUGUACACAGGUUACCUAAUGGUGCAGUAUAAACGUCAGUUCUUCUAAAAUGUUGUAAUUGAUUUUCAUAGGAGGUAAAUGGAAAUGAAUCUUGAGAUUGUGGAUGGGGACCUUUGAGCCUGAUUUAAAGAAGUGUCCAUUAAAAAUAAAAAAAAGGUCUCAACUCCUCCACUGACAGAUACUUAACCAGUCAGAUACUUAAUCAACCAAAGAUGUCAUAUGAUAAUGUUAUAGACAUUAUCAUCACAUGAAAGAAAAUUUUGUCUCUCUGCUACUUUCUACAAGAGACAUAAGUACAGGAAAGAGAAAGGCUUAGGACACUACACUGAACAGAAAAUCACACUCUUUAUCCUCAGUCCUCUCAACAAUUUAAGUGAAACGUUUGAACCCAGGAGUCAUUUCAUAAGUAGAGGGAAUAUGAUCGUCCAGGUGAGUUUAAAAGUCCUGAAUAGGACUGUUGUCGACAGUGACUGAGACGUUUUGACAACCAGUACAGUAGUCAUCUUGAGAGUCAAAGUGAGUUGUAUCACAUCAGUUGAUGGUAUUAAAGUCUUGUUAUUGAUGUGAUUGGUCUAUUAAGUCGCAACAUUAUUACAGUAGUCAUGUUUCAAAGAUGCUAAAUGUCAUUGGUGCAUUUAGAUCUGUCUUUUGUCACAGUUUAACGGUCAUUUAUUGUUAGUCAAAUAAUUAUUAGCCGGUUUUCCAGUCAUUACAUCCUUGUCAGUUUUGCUUGAGGCCGUCAAUAAGUUUUGUAUGGUGCCACUAACUGUUAACUGUGAUUGACAGGUUGUCAAAAUGUCAUAUUACUGUCAACAACAGCUCCUGUUCAAGACUACACCCACCCGGACGAUCAUAUUGCACCUUCUCAGCAAUGUUACCAGUAGUGUUGUUUUGAUAUCUUGUCUUAUAUUUCAGUUGUCAAGGCUGACAGGAAUAGACAACCCUGAGGUUCAGAAGACUCAGUAUGAUUUCUACUCUUUCCCUCCAAGGGAUGUUGAACUGGAUGAUGAAGGUUUGGUUUUUGAACAGCAACCAGGGUUCUCAAUAGAUUUUUAAAUAGGAGGUGAUCACUGAUAAAGUAGGAGGCUCUUCAGCAAAGCCAGAGGCGUCAAAACAAAGCAAAGAAAAGCGACUUAAACACAAAGUAAGCGGCUAUAAAUCCCAAAGUAAGCGGCGAUCAAUCGCCGGGUGCCGCCUUCUAUUGAGAACCCUGCAGCAACACUAAAAUUUUUCUCAGUAUUUAAAUCCCUUUCAUGUGGCAAGUUAGAAACUAAUCAAAGCCAGGGUGAAUGCAUUAUAGAAAAUAAUGUAAUUGAUAGACAAUUUAAUAUAAUUAUAGCAAUUCAGACGACUCUCUCUCAAUGGAAACCUCUAUAAGACCAACAACUCAGUAAAAAGGACACCUAGAGUUGGUCCCUGCCUUUUUUGAUUCUCUUAGUCUGUAAGAUGGUGUCACUCUUACAGUACUUGGACACUAGUGCCUGUCCCAAAAUUGUCCGUCUUAAAGAGAGUUGAUAAGCUUUUAGAACAAGGAGAAGAGAGAGAAACAGGAGAGCAAGCCCGACAAAAUGAUUGUCAAAUUUCACAAAAUUACAUUUUACACAUGAAAUUUUCAGAAUUUUUCCUGUGCUUUCACAAUUCUUGUGAAAUUUGACAUUCAUUUUCUUUGGUGUUAUUAUGGAUGACUAAUAAUUACAUCUUUAGCCCUUGAAAAAUGUAAAAAAGAAUGCAAUAUUCUUUAAAUUGUUCUGGUACAAGGUUUUGUGUCCACUGAAACUUAAAAUUACUCAAUUUCCUGGUGGAUUCUGUCUUAAUUUCUUGCACAAUGAGGACCAAAAUGAUGCCAGACUGCCAUCAUCUUGUUACCCCAAAUUUAAAGCAAUGAAAGACCGCACCUGAUGUUUCUAAUAGAUACUGGUAAAUAUAAUGCAGUUAAGCAUUUUCUGACCAAUAUAAUUGUAUGGUGGUCCUCAUUUGUAAGUCAAUCGUUUAUCUAAUGCACUGACUAGAGGGUCCAAUGAGGCAUUUUCAAAUCAUAAAACCUUUGAUUCUCUUCUAAGUGGAAGCUAGCGAAAAAAAUCUUAGUGCUUACUCUAACUUUAAAAAGAGUAUUAAUGCAUCUUAAGAAUUUUCCUUGUGAUAAGUAGUAUUCUUAUGAUAAACAUCGUCAUUGUAUCUUCCUCAGAGUUUGGACACAUUGUGGAAAUCUAUAACUUUUCCCCUGACUUAAAGACACAAGACUUAAUGCAAGCCUUGAGUAUGUUCAGGUACAUCUGCUUUGUAUUUAUCAUAAGUAGCUUAAAUUACUAGUUAAUUGUUAACAGUUGGUGACAAAAUUGUUCUUACAGUGUGGUCAUUGAGUCAUUGCAGAAAAGGAGACAGUCUGUUCCCCUUUUCCCUUGCUUGAACUGCCUAGACAAUUUCAAUGAUGGGCUUUGGUUCACAGACUAGUGGGGCUGAGGAAACCACAGGCUCCAUUCCGUCAAAGAAGUGACGAGCUAAGAGAAAAUUCUGUUCAUUGUUUUUGGGAUUCUAAUGAAUGAAUGACAUCACAAACUGGCCUGAAAUUGCCACCUCAGCAUAAGAUUACUUUCACAAGUCUUGUGAAAGUCAUAGGAAAUUCAUCAAAGUACUAACAUUUCAAAGGAAAUCUAACCCACAUCCAAGGAUGCCCAGAAGCAUCCAAGGAUUUCUAAGGAUUGUUAUUUAUUAAUAUAUUAGCAUCAAUUGUGAACAGCAGUCAUUAGAAGGCAAAAGUUGAGUUCAAUUUGUAAACAUGGUAAAGUAUGAAAAAUAUCAAUUUUUUUCUAGGAGCAAAGGAUUUGACAUAAAAUGGGUGGAUGAUACUCAUGCUCUUGGCAUCUUUUCAAGCCGCAUUUCAGGUGAGUUGGUUAUUAAAUGGGCUCACAGCAUUUGAAAAUGGUGUUUUUGAGCCAAGAAAGCACAAGAAUUCCCCAGCCUUUCCAGCUCUUACUUGUUUAUCCCUGCCUCCUACUCAGGCACUUGGUAACAACUUUGCAUAGAGGUGAGCGCAAAACUUAAGUGACUGGUGAUCAAGCGUAAUGGACCAUACAUGUACCAUUUUGCAGUCUGCAAAUUUUCAUAGAGAGAGAUGUAUGGGUACAAGGCAGGUAUUUGCAAGGAAUUUACAUUGUGCUGCUGAAAAAAAAAAGAAAGACUGGGUGCUGCACCUGGCCAAACAAGUGUGGUCCUAUGACCACUUUUUUACACUUUGAAAUCUUUGAACUGUUUUCUGAAACUUGCUAACUUUUCUUUUCCAUUUGAAAUGUUUAAACAGCUCAGGAAGCCAUAAAGUUUUGCUCAAGUCCUUUAAUGAAACUCAGACCUGUAAGUCAAGGGACACCAGAAUCCAGGAAGAAAGCAACAAACUGUUUUGGUAAGAUUAUGUUUAAUGUGUGACUUACAAUGAUUAGGAUCUCAUUCUUAAAUGAAAACAGAGUGAAAUUACAAUUAAAGCUGUUCUAAAGCUGUGGAGUAUGCCAGGUGUUUCUUGGUGUUGUGGAGUUUUGUGGUGUGGUUAUUGUUCAUUGUCUAUUCACCAAUCUUUUCUAUGACGUCAUCUGGUGAUGGCACCCAUGCACAACACCAAGAAACUACCUGUAUGGCAGACCAACAUUCUGAUGAGUGUGUUCAGACUGGUAAUUUUUUUUCUUUUCAACUUAUCAACAAUACAAAGUCAUCGGAGAUAAGUUUGCAAAAGGUGUAGGUAAGGCUGUACUGCAGGUGAGUGGUGAGCCGGUAGCUGUGAAACCCUGUCAACAGUAACAACCCACUCACCGGCAAAGCAGUAUUUUACAGAGUCCCUGUAAACCAACUAACCCAACAUUUCAAGCAGGAAUUCACAGACCAGUAUCUUUUCAAUUUUAGAGUUAGCCACAUUACAAUGUGUACAAUAAUAUUACCUUACAUUAUUUCCAGUGGUGGAAUUCAACUGCACUGCUCAUAAAAUGCCAACUAUUUACUAAUCUACUGUUGUUUCAGAGUUCCUCCAACCAUACAAGGAAAGACCACAGACCAGCAAGUUAUUAGCUGACAGGCUGGUGACAGGUGCUCUUGGGAUGAGGUCUAAACUGACCAGGGAGGACAGAGUCAAGGAGAGGGAAAAACUCAAGGAGGCCAAAAGUAAGAUUAUGUCACAAAGCAGUACUUGUCUGGUAACUGGCUAUUUUAAUUUAGUGUUCAGACUUGGAUUUCCUAGCUCUAAUUUCAACAUCACUGGUUUGCCCAGGAUGUGUGUCAAUGAACAGGAUCGCUACUUUAGGGUCACCAGACAAAAGAACAGAAUAUAAUGGGCAAGUCAGGGAACACUGUUCAUUGCAGAUGAAUCAGCACUAAGAUCUUGGUCUUCACAGAUCUGUAGACCUCGGGAAAUCAUUGCAUUUCUAUGCGAACUCGGUUUGUGUAUAUUUGAUUUACAAAGGUUUGAUCUUGAAGGGUCUUGCUAAAAUCAUUCACUAGGUCUGCCCACUGCAGUGACAACAGCAGUAAAAUUUAUUUUUUAGCUUUAAUUUCUCAGUUUACAGUGUGAAAUUGAGUGCCCCACCAGUGAGAAUUAUUUCUGUGUUGGUUUAAUUUCUUUGCAGAUAAAAAGCAGCAGGAGAAAAUACAGAAAGCCCAGAUGUGGGGAGAUUAAAAUCUCUUCUCUCACCAAUGGAUUGUGUUAAUUUAUUAUUUUAAGGAAGUUUUAUUCAGUGUACAGUUUUUUAUACACAUUUUAUCAUCAUGAUGUAAAAACGCUUAAGUCAACAUUAAAUAUUAUUUUCUCAGGCC